ACAAGACAAGCCGCCAGAGUUUAGCCGCCAGUCCGCCUCUGGGCCGGGUCUCUCGGAGGGAGGCUGACUGACACACAUGGAGAGAGAGCGAGAGAGUGAGGGGAGGAGAGAAGAAAGGGAGAGAACAGGAAAGAAGGUCUGCAGAAAGACAGGAAAAUCCAUUAAGAUAUAAAAAAAAUAGACUAGAAGUUGGGGGGAGAGAAGCACUCAGAUGACACUGCAGGCAAAGUCAUGGCUCAGCUCUUUUCCAUGGGCUCUCUGAGGGGUAUAAAUGACAAGAAAUAUGAGAAACUGCCUCCAUUUUUUUACCAGUGCCCCUGAUCAUAGCUUUCUGUGUUUCCAUGGCGGUGGGCCUGGUCUUGGGCGCCCUGGUCUACGUGAUCCUCACAUGGUUUUCCCGACGCAGAGCAGGCUCUGCCAGCAUCACGCGCACACCCCCUCGCCAGUCACGUACCGCCCCAAGAAACCACCCGGGGUUCAACCGCAGCAGCAGCCACGACCGGCGAAGCAACAACAGCCUGGUCAGCGCCGCUUUCACCUUCCACCGCCAGACCUCCACCCCGGAUUCCCUCGACCCGCUGGGGUAUAAGUCAAGCUUCAGGGCCUCCACCUUCCAUCCGCUCCUUCACUGCAGCCAAAUUGCCCGGGAGGCGGAGGAAGGGAGUCAGACAUCGUUGCCUCGCACCCCCAUCAUGACAACCGCCGCCGACUCAGCUCAUACAGCUGCCACCCCACCCCGACGCCACUCCUUUUGGGGGGACAGCGGCGUCGGGGGUUUCCAGGCUACACAGACCCCGCCUCCUGCUUACGAGAGCAUCAUUAGGGCAUAUCAGGAGACUCAUACCUAGGAUGCCAAUGGAAUGGAGUCCAAAGACUAAAGCUGCUGGUCAUACUGUAGCAAAAAAUAUAUAUUUAAACAAGCAUGACCUGAAUGUUACUCAUAUCUUAAGUAAAAAUAACAGUUUUACAAUUAAAAUUGUCACCCGGGGCUUAAUAAACAAUCCUGUCCCUUUUGAUAAUUUAAAAAUGCUUGGGAAAAAAGCAGCAUGAAAGACUUUUGGAGUUUGCGCUGUUCGGAGCCCAGAGGUUAUGGUGUGACUGUAGCUUUGUAAUAAACGUAAGCAUCCAAAGUAUGACAAUGUGUAUAUAUUCACAUUUUGCAUCCUCAAUCCGGACCAACUUUGCAGAGCAGAAUGCCAUUUGUCCCUGAAUUAAUUCUGAUUGUAUAAUAACAGCUACAAAUAAUAAUGUAGGUUUUUACUUAC